UCAAUCGCCACCGGGGCAAGGAGUGACCUUCCUCUUUUUUUGCGGGAUUUCCUUGGUUUGGGGUUUUGGAUUCGGACUUGUCUCCUGCGCUCAGUCCAUAGCCUUGGGGGAAGGGCCCGGCGAGGCGCGCGUCGGUGGCAGGGAUGGAGGACGGCGGGGUCCAGGGGAGCGUUUGGGACGGCGACGCCCGGGCGAUGCAGCAGUGCCUGACGGACAUCUUCACCAGUGUCUACACCACCUGCGACGUCCCGGACAGUGCCAUCUUCGGCCCCUGCGUGCUGAGCCACACGUCCCUCUACGACAGCAUCGCUUUCAUCGCCCUCAAGGCCACCGACAAGAGGACCGUCCCCUACAUCUUUCGGGUGGACACUUCUGCAGCGAACGGCUCCUCGGAAGGGCUGAUGUGGCUUCGCCUGGUCCAAUCGGCCCGGGGGCGAGAGGAGCAGAACCUGGAGGCCUACAUCAAGAAUGGACAACUGUUUUACCGCUCCCUCCGCAGGAUCUCCAAGGACGAGGAGCUCCUCGUCUGGUACGGGAAAGACCUCACCGAUUUGCUGCUCCUCAGCCCCGCCAGAGCCGCCGGCACAAUGAACGUGUCCCCCCCAUUCCCCUGCCCGGACUGCAGCCAGCGUUUUCAGUUCGAGUUCCCCUUCGCGGCCCACCUGCGUUUCCGCUGCCCCCGGAGACUGUCCGGCCCUGACGGACCCCAAGACGGACACCAGGACGGACCCCAGGAUGGACCCCAGGACCGAGCCGGCGCCAAGGACCGCGGGGGCAAAGAGGGGGCCCAGGCCGAGGCGUCGACCCCGACCCCCGGGCCUAACAAAUACCGCUCCCCGGCAGGCCCGACCCACCGGCCCUUUGUGCCCACCCAGGACGGUGGACCCGGGGCCUCGGGGGCGGGGGGCGGCUCCUCCAAGCCCUCCACGGACUUCCACAACCUGGCUCGUGAGCUGGAAAAUUCCCGAGGGGGCGGAGGCUGCUCUCCGGAGGCCGGCCAAGCGUGCGGCCUAUCUUGCCCUUCGCCCUGCGGCCUACCUCGCGUGUCGCCCUGCUCCCAGGCUGGGGGCGCGAAGGCCCGGCGCAGGGCGGCCGGAGAGGAGGUGGACGAGGCCGGGCCGGGGCCGGGGUCUCGGGUCCGCCUGUCUGGCCCCCGGGAGCAACUGGCCAGCACCCCGCAGCAGCAUUACCGCCCCGCGGGCAGCUACUUCGGCCUGGACGAGGGCGGCCGCCUGUUCGGGCCACCCAGCCCCGAAACGGGCGAGGCCAAGCGCAGCGCCUUCGUGGAAGUGAAAAAGGCGGGUCGGGGGGGUCCGGGGAGUGGGGGCCCCCCAGAGGAGGGGUCCUCCGAGGGGGUCGGGGGCUCGGCCGAGGACCCAGCCGUCCGGUCCUCCAGCUCCUCUCCCAGCUCCUCUUCUCCGGCCUCCUCGUCCUCGCCGGCGGUCGCCCGGCCCGGGGGUCCCCUGUCCACCCGGCUGGAGGGGGGGAGCCCGGGGAGGGGCAGCGCCUUCACCUCGGUGCCGCAGCUGGGGGCCGGGCCCGCCGGGGUCCCCGAUGAGAGGAAGAGCGCCUUCUCGCAGCCGGCCCGCUCCUCCUUCCCCUCGAUGACCCCUCUCGUGCUGGGCCAGAAACUGGGGCCUGUGGACACCUGCCACCCGGGCGAAGGCGUGGGACCCCAGCGCCUCUACCCCGCCGACCCCCUGGCCGUCAAACUGGCCGGGCCGGCGGAGCUGGGAGGAGCAGGAGGAGCAGGAGGAGGAGGAGGAGGAGCAGGAGGAGCGGGAGGAGGAGGAGGGGGCGGUGGGCCUGUCCCCAAACACAGCCCCUUCCUCUACACCACCGCCUUCUGGCCCAAGGGAGCCGGGGCCGGGGCGGGCUCCGGGGCCGGGCCUGGGCCUCUCCAGCUCCAGCUGCCCUCGGCCCUAACGCUCCUGCCUCCAUCCUUCACGUCGCUGUGCCUCCCGGCGCAAAACUGGUGCGCCAAGUGCAAUGCGUCCUUCCGCAUGACCUCUGACCUGGUCUACCACAUGCGUUCCCACCACAAGAAGGAGUUCGCCAUCGAGCCGCUGGUCAAGAGGAGGCGGGAGGACAAACUCAAGUGCCCCAUCUGCAACGAGUCCUUUAGGGAACGCCACCACCUGUCCCGGCAUAUGACCUCGCACAACUGAACCGCGGACCCUGUGCGCGCAAGAGAGAGAGAGAGAAAAAGAAAAAGAGAGCGCGCCCUUCCCACCCCGGGUCAUGCACGCGCCUCCCCAUCCCCCUCACCCAUCCGGAUCCCUCCCCUCCCACCCCCCUCUGGUCCCGGGAGGGCGAGAAGGCUCUUGGAGAACGCACGCAUCAUUUCCCCUUCCCGAGAGAGAAGUACAUUUUUUGAAAUGUCAUAUAUUGCAACAUAUUGAUGCAUUUGUCAUACGUUUCUACUUAAAUUAUUAAGCACUUACGGUGUGGCUGGAAUAAUUUAGCUCUAUGGAAGGGUAAAGGUUUAUUUUCGAUAUAAAGGAAACGAAG